AUGGCGCCAGUGUUGCAGAGCUCUCAACCAUGGGUGGAAAAAUAUCGACCAAAGCAAGUUAAGGACGUGGCUCACCAAGACGAAGUCGUUAGAGUCCUCACGAACACCCUCGAGACCACCAAUUGUCCACACAUGUUAUUUUAUGGGCCUCCGGGUACUGGUAAAACAACUACUGCUCUGGCCAUUGCUCAUCAGCUGUUCGGACCUGAAUUGUACAAGUCUAGAGUGUUGGAGCUGAAUGCUAGUGAUGAUCGUGGGAUCAAUGUUGUUCGCACAAAAAUUAAAAACUUCGCUGCCGUGGCUGUAGGUUCUGGUCGCCAGGGUGGUUAUCCUUGCCCACCUUAUAAGAUCAUAAUUCUUGAUGAGGCUGACUCAAUGACAGAAGAUGCACAGAAUGCCUUGCGACGCACUAUGGAAACAUAUUCAAAAGUUACAAGGUUCUUCUUCAUUUGUAAUUACAUCAGCAGGAUAAUAGAGCCACUUGCCUCUAGAUGUGCAAAGUUCAGAUUCAAGCCACUUACAGAAGAAAUCAUGAGCACCCGCAUACUAUAUAUUUGCGAAGAGGAAGGUCUUCAUUUGGAUUCUGAGGCUCUUGCUACUUUAAGUUCUAUUUCACAAGGUGAUCUGCGUCGAGCAAUAACAUACCUACAAAGUGCUGCUCGCUUAUUUGGAUCUUCAAUUUCAUCCAAGGACUUAAUUAGUGUGUCUGGUGGCAGACAUCACGCGAUGCUGAUUAAGGCAGACGAGCGGUGCACGUUGAGGCGGCGGGCGACGGUUGAAGCUGUAUCAGUUUGGAGUGAGAGAGACGGUGGUGAGCAAAGAGAGACCGCCGGAAGGUGGGCGAUGACGUGGAAAGGAGAUCAGAUAAGUGAUUUUAGUGGAGGUUGA